AUGGAGGCCGACGCCGGGGCCCCGAUGACCCGGCUGAUGAUCCGCCAGAUGGUGCUGGAGAACUUCAAGUCGUACGCCGGAUCUCGGACGAUCGGCCCGUUCGACAAGAGCUUCACUGCGGUCGUGGGGCCCAACGGCAGCGGGAAGUCGAAUGUCAUCGACGCGAUGCUGUUCGUGUUCGGAAAGCGCGCCAAGAAGCUGCGCCUCAACAAAGUGUCAGAGCUGAUCCACAAGUCGUCCAACUAUCGAAACCUGCAGUACGCGAGGGUGUCUGUGCACUUUCAGGAGAUCAUUGACAAGGAGGGAGCUGACUUCGAUGUUGUCCAAGAUUCCAAUUUUGUGAUUUCCCGAGUUGCCACCAUUGCGAACAAAUCCGAUUACGAGAUAAAUGGGAGAAAGUCUUCAUUCACAGAGGUUACUAACCUCCUGAAGGCGAAGGGGGUUGACCUCGACAACAACAGAUUCCUCAUCCUACAGGGUGAGGUCGAGAUGAUCUCCCAAAUGAAGCCCAUGGGGCAGGACAAGCACGAUGAAGGCUUGCUUGAAUAUCUGGAAGAUAUUAUGGGCACCAACCAGUAUGUGGAAAAGCUUGAGGAGGCAUCCAAAAGCCUUGAAGACAUCGACGAGCGCCGCCAGUCUAUGCUUCAGCGCUUGAGGAUUGUUGAGGACGAGAAGUCAAGCCUGGAGGCGGCCAAGAAUGAGGCGCUGGCUUUCCUUGCGAAAGAUGCUGAAAUCCAGAAGCUACAAAUUGCCGACUGUUCCCACAUACUUGCUGGUUUGCAGGAAAACAUGGACCAGGUUGAGGCCCAGAUAGCAUCGUUGCAAGGCAAGUUGCAGGCAGAGAAAGAGGGCAACAAGUCGUCUGUGAAGGAGCUCGCUGCUUUGCAGAAGACCCAGCAGGAAAUGCGGAAGAGGCAAACCAGGCUUGAAAAAGAGCACCAAAAGGAGCAGGGCAAAUACAAGGAACAGGAAAAGGUGGACUUGAAAUUUGCAGAGGAACAGAAGCACUUGGCAACGAAGCUUGAGAAGUUGAAGAAGAAGGAAAUGGACAGCGCACAGGCAGCUGAGGCUGCGCAGAAAGACAUUCGGAUGGCAGAGACCGAAAUCCCCCAAGCACAGAGCCAAGCAGAGGGAUUGCAGGCUCAACUGCAGAGGGAGGAGCAGGUGUUCCAACAAUAUAAGGAUGGCAUCAAGGACGAGGUGGAAAGCCAUCUUAAAGAGCUGAGCAAGGUCCAAGAAAGCCUAUCACCCUGGGAGCGGCAAAUGCAGGAGGUGAGGUCUAAGGCCAGUACUGCACAGGCCGAAAAGGAGACGCUUGCACAGCAACAGGCAGUGGCAGAAGCAGAGCUGGCUGAAGCGCUGAGAACUAUUGAAGAGCUGAAGGCAAGACCAAACCACAAAAGGCUGCAGGAGCUGGAGGCAGAGGCACAACACCACAGGCAGCUGCUCCAGGAGGCCACACAUGCGCUCCAGGAACUCCGGCGCAAAGAAGAGACUCAGCAACGAGUUGUCCGUGAGAUGGAGGAGCAACUGCUCCGAGCCAGGCAGCAAAAUAGUGAUGAAAGAUCCCAGGGUGGCAUUAUACAGGCCCUGAUGGAGGCAAGGAGGUCUGGCCAGAUUCCUGGGCUGCAUGGCCGUCUGGGUGAUCUAGGUGCAAUUGAUGCCAAAUACGAUGUGGCCAUCUCUACCGCAUGUGGGGCCCUGGACCACAUCGUGGUGGAGAGCACUGAGGACGGACAGGCUGGCGUUCAGCUGCUGCGCAAUCGGCAGCUGGGGGUGGCCACAUUCCUCAUACUAUCACAGCAGGCGCGCCUGGAGGCAGAGAUGCAGAGACCCGUCAACACACCUGAAGGCCUGCCUCGCCUGUUUGACCUUGUGCAGGUUGGCAACGACCGUGAUCGCGUUGCCUUCUACUUUGCAUUGAGGAACACACUGGUGGCUAACGACCUUGAACAGGCGACACGCAUCGCCUAUGGCUCAGAUCCAAGGUUUAGGCGCAUUGUGACGUUGAAGGGAGAGCUCAUCAACGAGUCAGGGACCAUCACAGGAGGUGGAGGGAGACCCAGGCGUGGCCGAAUGACUUUGGGCAAUGCACCGCCAAGGGUCCUGGAUCGGCGGGCAAGGGAACAGGAAAUAAAGCAGCUCGAUUCUCAAGUGAAGGAAGCCCGCGAGUGCCUGGAGGCUAUCAUGCAGGCGAUUGGAGAAAAAGAGUCGGCUCAGCAGGAAUCCCAGAGAGCCCUGUCCAACCUGGAGACCACCAUCCCUGUCACGCGAAUGGAAGCUGAAGCAGACGAGGCCCGCUCCAACGACCUACAGAGGCGACUUGGGCGCCUGCAAAAACAGGCCCAGCCGACCAGGGAGGAAAUUGCAAAGAUUCGGGACCUGGAUUGCAGAAUCCAAUCUUGCCAAGGAGACAUAACACGGCUGGAGCAAAGCAUGGUGGACCUGCGAAAGAUGGAGGACGAGAUCAAGAGCAGGAUUGAGAAUGCUGGGGGCACGCGUCUUCGUAACCAGAAAGAAAAGGUUGAGAAGCUGCAAGAGGCCAAAAAGCAUUUGGAGAUGGAGAUUAAGAGAAAGGAGGUCCUGAUUGCAUCUAAGAGGAAGCAAAUGAAUAAGAUGGCUGGUGACAUCGAAAAAUGCCGCGCAGAGGGUGCAAAGACAGAGGAAAAGGUGGCCAAAAAUCGCAAAGAAAAGCAGGCCAAUGAGGAUGCGGCUUUGUUGACCUUCCAGUCAGCUGAAAAAGUGAGGGCUGCAGUUGAGGAGGCAAAGGAAGAGCUGCAGAACGUUACAAAUGCGAUGGAAGGACUGCUCCAAGAAUCCAAUGCUGCACGCGAGCGCGAGUCAAGGAUUGAGAUCGAGUUGGAGGAUGUGACUCAGCGAAGGGCAGACGUGGUUGCAGCAAAGAGACACCACACCAACCAGAGGGCAGCGUAUGUGCAGAGGUUGGCAGAGUGUGCGCCAGGCGAGCCUGUUCCUGAGCAUACCCCAGAGGAGCUGGCAACUGUGGAUGUGCAGCAGCUUCGCUUCCAAAUCGUUUCACUGAAGGAGGACCUUGAAAAGAUGAAUCCAAACACAUCAGCUCUUAAUGAGUUCAGGACAAAAGAGGCUGAAGCUGCAAGACGGAAGGAGGAGUUUGACUCUGUGACACAAGACAGGGAUAAGAUGAAGAUGCACUAUGAAGGACUGAGGAAACGCCGGCUGGAUGAGUUCAUGACCGGGUUCAACAUCAUUGGCAUGAAAUUGAAGGAGAACUACCAAAUGCUCACACUAGGAGGAGAUGCAGAACUGGAGCUCGUGGACUCCCUUGACCCUUUUUCGGAAGGUAUUGUGUUCUCUGUGAGGCCGCCGAAAAAAUCAUGGAAGAACAUAGCGAAUCUGUCUGGAGGCGAGAAGACCCUCAGCUCCCUGGCGUUGGUUUUCGCCCUGCACCAUUACAAGCCGACUCCUGUUUAUGUCAUGGAUGAAAUCGACGCGGCUCUGGACUUCAAGAAUGUGUCCAUCGUUGGGCAUUACGUGAAGGAGAGAACCAAGGGAGCGCAGUUCAUCAUCAUAUCGCUGCGGAACAACAUGUUCGAGCUGGCUGAUAGACUCACUGGGGUCUACAAGGUCGAUAACUGCUCCAACUCGUUGACCAUGAAUCCCCGAGAGUUGGUGAUUGGAGGGGCUCAUGAUGUAGGCAAAGGCCAGCAAACGGGAACUGAACCAACAAUGACAGUAGCUUGA